UAGAACGUGAGAUAUAGAAACAAAAACCAUGGCGAGGAGAGGGAAAGAAAUGAACCAGGACGAAGACGAGGAAGGAACAGAGCACCACCCAUGGGGCACGUUGGAGGAGCUCCUGCUAGCGUGCGCGGUGAGUCGUCACGGCGCGAAGAGCUGGGACUCCGUCGCCACGGAACUCCAGAAACGCGCCUCCUCCGCCUCUCACCACCACCACCACCUUCGCGCCGCCGCCGUGUACAGUCCUCCCAACUGUAAGCAACGGUACAACGAUCUCCUCCGCCGAUUCUCCGCCGUCGACGGCGGCGGCGAUGACGCCUUGGUUGACGAGUUGAAGAAGCUCCGGGUCGCCGAGUUGAGACGCGAGGUGGAGCGGCACGACGUCUCGAUCGAGUUGUUGGAAUUGAAGGUGAAGAGAUUGGAAGAAGAGCGCGAACAGAGAACAGAAGAAACGUUGAAAACAGGAGGGACAGAUCUACCGGACCAUGGAGAACCGGAGGGGAAUUCUCGGCGGGAAAGAUCGGGCUCCGGCGACGACGACCAGUCGUUCAACGAGUCGAAUACGACGUCGUAUCAGAAAGGUGAAAACCGGGAACAAAACGGAGAUGAACCGGAAAGGUCUGAACCGGUACCGGUUCGGGAAGAGGUGAAGCCGGUCGAGAAAUGUUCGUUAAGUUUGGAAGAGGGGACAAAAGAGGAAAAUAAUAAUAAUAUUAUUAUUGAUGAGGUGGAGAGCCCGAGGAAGAAGAAACGACGUCGGAGCAGCGGCGAGGACGAGGCGGAGGGUGGGAAACUCGUGCACGCGAAAGAGAUCGCGAUUAAAUCUCAACCGUUGAUCAAGAUCCUCGUGAUGCUCCGGUCGCACAAAAACGGGUCGCUUUUCGAGCGCCGGCUUCGGAGCCAGGAGACAGAUAGCUACAAGAAGAUGAUCCGGCAACAUAUGGACCUCCAAACGGUUCAAUCCAGAUUGGACAGAGGCUUUUACCUCAACAACAACAAAAAAAAUUCCCACCACAAAUUCUUUCGCGACCUCCUCCUCCUCUACACCAACGCCAUCAUCUUCUUCCCAACCACCAACCCCCACCAUGUCGCCGCCCUCGAACUCCGCCAAGUCCUCACCAAACACAUGCCCACAACCGCUCCGACUCCAAAACCCGACCCCGAACCAAAACAACCUGACCCGGUUCAUUGCAGAACCGACAAACCAGAUACAAAGUUGAGGCAACCCGGUAACAACCCAGUGCCCCCAAAAUCUGAACCGGGUAAGAAACAACUAGUUUCACGGCAACCAGGUACUAACCCAGUUCCCCAAAAAUCCGAACCAAGUAAGAAAGAACCCGUUUCACUCCAUCUCAGGUCCAACAAGGUGGGACCCAAGUUGGAUCGAUCGGAGGCGAAACCACAUUCAAACCGGGUUUCAAUGGGUAACAAGGCAGUGGAGGAGAAGUCUUCCAAGAAGCAGCCAGUGAAGGAGAGGCCGGAGUUGAGUAGGAGGUCGGGCCGGGUUGGGUCGGGUUAUUCGGAGAAGGAGAAGAAGAAAACUCCAUCGAAGGAAGUGGAAGAGGAUAGUAGUAAUAUUGAGGAUGGUGGUGGUGGUGGUGGUGAAACAGAAAAGGAGAAGAAGAGGAGAGGAGAGAGUGGGCGGAAUAAUGGUCGAGGAAAGAAGGGAAGGCCGCCGAGUAAGUCACCGGUGGGGAGGGAUGUUGGAAGAGGGAAGAGGGGGCGGAGGGAAGGUCGCGAGCCGCCGCCAGUGGUGGAUUCAGGGCGGCCAAGGAAACGUUCAAAGAGGUGAUGCUAGAAAAUUAGUGGUAGCAUUUAUUUGGUGACAAGCACUACUAUUUGGACCAAAUUUUGGACAAAUUUGACUGAGGUGGCGGCUCUUUAUUGGACACUAGUCGACUUCUACAUUAUUCGAUGACAUCGCACCUGAAUAUUAUUUAAUGCUCUUGAGUUAUGCGUCAGACACUUACCGUCCCUUUGGAGCCUUCGCAUAUUGAGAGUUACCGACCUAUAUACAAAUGUGUGGCUGUAAACGAAACGAAUGUUCGACAACUUCUCCAUUGCAGCACUGAGUUAGUAGGGCUCCACAGGUAACAUUUUCUCGUUGGGAAUUAUUACUGGUUAGAGCAAAUUUUUUUAGGGUUUUGCAGGAGAAGACUGCGUAGUGCUUAGGCUCAUCCACAUGUGGUUUUUCUUCUUUUGUGAAAACUGGGAUAGUAGAUAGAGGGAGCAGAAAAGAACAAAAUUACGAGAGAGAGAGAGAGAGAGAGUGUGUCAUUGUUAUGUUGUGUAUUUUGUACAAUGACGUGGCAGUCGUUGCUGUAUAUUGUUAUUUUUGUUUGAUGGACUAAGAAUUUUGUGCCCCACCAUUGACUAUGCUCUAGAAAAUUGUUAAACAUGA